GAGGCCCAUGCUUGCGGCGUUCGCGCAGCACUAGCAGCGUCCCACGACCGCGCCGGGGUCGAAAAACCAUGGCGUCGCUGGCGGAAAAGCCCCCCGAGGACGCGCCCAUCGAGAUCAGCAUGUUCAAGGCCCCCGAGUGCUUCCUCUACAAGGUGCCGCCGCUGAAGAUUGCGAGCGGCCACCGCGCCGAGGACUGGGGCCUCGGCAGCCCGCAGCUCACGGGCCGCGUCGAGAUCGUCGGCGUCGGCACGACGGCCGAGGUGCGCGUCUUCAAGCAGGACGACGGCGCGAAGCCCGUCGCGGUCUGCCCCGUGCGCUGCGCCGCGGGGAGCCCGGCCGUCGGCGCGGUCGUCGACGACGUCGUCGACAGCAGCCGCUACUUCGUGCUGCGCCUCGAGGACGCGAAGAAGCGCAAGGCCUACCUGGGCCUCGGCUUCCGGGAGCGCGACGUCGCCUACGACUUCAAGGCCACGCUCUGCGACUUCAAGCGCAGCGUCGACCGCGAAGAGAAGGCCGAGGCGGACCACGCGGACUACGAGCGGCGCCAGGCCGACGGCGCGGACCCGGAGCCCGAGGUCGACAUGUCCCUCAAGGGCCGCAUCAAGAUCAGCCUGGGCGACGACGACGGCGACCGGCCCGAGCGGCCGAAACGCGAGAGCGCGGGCCCGGCCGACGGCGCGGUGCCGCGCCUCGCGCCGCCGCCGAAGCCCGUGCCCCGGCGCUCGCCGCCGCGGCCCGCGCCGCCGCCCGCCGCCGCGCCGCCGCCCCUGGAGAACUGGGCGACCUUCGACGACGCGUGCCCCGCGGCCGACGGCGGCGGCGACGCGGCCGACGGCGGCGACGACGACGACGGCUUCGGGGACUUUGAACAGGCCUAAAAUUUAUCGAUCGC